AUGAACGUCCAGUGGUUGUUUACUAUUGGCCUUCUGCUAGUAUCAGUCCAAACAAACGCGUUUACCUUGAUCACGUUUGAUGUGGAUGGCACUUUGGUGAAAGGAUCAGGUCAGGCAGCAGCAGAAUCGGCGCAUGCCAAAGCUUUCUCCCAUGCAGUUGGCACCAUAUUGGGCGAUGGGAAAUCGGUGAUGCCCGUAGCGAAAGCCUUGCCAGGCAAUUUGUAUCAUGGUAGCACGGAUGGUUUGAUAUCUCUUCGAUUGGCCAAGGCAACGCUUGGAAUAGACACGGAUGUAUCCUAUCCGAAACUGGACCAAAUCUUCCAAUGCAUGUUUGAGUACAUGUCUGCUUGCUCCGACAAAGAAGUCGCCAACCUCAUUUCCCCGCUUCCAGGAGUGCUCGAUCAGUUGAAGACACUAUCCCAAAUGAACGAUAAGGUCAUGUGCGGGCUGGUAACUGGAAAUGUGGAGGGGAUUGCCCGCCUAAAGAUGAGGGCCGUUGGAGUUUGGGAUACACAAGCCCUAAGCCCCCCCAGUCCAAUGCAAAAAACGUGGCCUGGUACCGAAAAUAUUGCAUUUUUGGGUGGCUUUGGAUCCGACUUCUGUAGCGGGAAUAUUGACGAUAUUGCGCGAAAUCACUUGGACAGAGGAGAGCAGAUUGCUAUUGCAACCGAAAGAUGCCGAUAUUUGCUCAAGGAUGAACCAAUAAAACAAUUGGAAAGAGUUGUACACGUGGGAGAUGCUCCAGCUGACGUAUUGGCUGCCAAGGCAUUUAGCGAAACACUGGAAGGAGGUGAGGAGAAUCUUUGCGUUGGUAUGGUUGCCGUAGCGACUGGGUCCUACUCGGCAGAAGAAUUAAGAGGGCAGGCAGGAGAGACUAUCCCUGGGAAAUGGGAGCCCGUGGUACUAGAAGAUGGAAUGAAUGAUCCAAAAUUUCUGGCUGCUUGUGGAGUGAGUCAAUGA